AUGAUUUCAACAAUCGGCACAACAACAAUUCAAACAACUACAGCACCAAACUCGCUAGUCAUGAAUCCUACGUCAAUGUUGGUAGAGAUGAAAAGCUUUAUUCCUUCUUCAUAUACUUUUGAAACAGAAAUCCAGAAGAUAAAGCAAGAACUUUUAACAAGUAAUUUAGACUGUAGUGCGAAAGAUGAAACAAAUGAACAGUAUCUUUAUGAAAUGCAGGACAUUAUUGACCAUUUACCCAAAUUGCCUGAAAUCCAACAGCAAAAACUAACUAUUCCUGAAUUCGACGAAAUAGAAGUGAAACCAACUGACUCAGUAGAAAUAAAGAAAUUCAUACGUAAAGUAAAUUAUGAGUUUCUAGGAUAUCAUUGCAACCAUAAAGUUAUGGACAAAGAUUGCGACAUGGUUUAUAAAAAUAUUUCUGACAUAUAUAAAUCGGUGGAGUUUAAGACAUACGAUAACUUUGUUUCAUUAGUUGCAAAAUGUGUUUGGGAAAUAAGAGAUAAAG